AUGGAUAAGGGAAUAAUUAAUAUCUUCAAGCGAUACUGUAUGAAGUGUACGUUGCAGCAGGCAAUAGCUGCAACUGAUUUUGAUGAGUCCAUCACACUUCAUGACUUUUGGAAAAGAUACGAUAUCUGCAAGGCUGUACAGAACAUAGCACUGGCAUGGAAUGGUGUACAGAGCACAGCUAUGAACGGUGUAUGGAAGAAGCUAUGCUCGCAAUUCGUGAAUGAUUUUAAGGGGUUUGAUAAUGUUGGCAUCAACAAAACUUUGGGGACUUCGAGCAAAGAAGUGAAAAUAGAUUUGGAGGAGGAGGAUUUCACAGAUUUAUUUGAAAAAGACAAGCAGCUCUUAACAAACGAGGAUUUGAUAGAGCUUCACGAGCAGCAAAGUAAAGAAGUGGAAGUCGAACCUGAGCCACGUCACUUUACCAUUAAGAAAAUGCAGCAUGCAUUUGCAUAUAUCGAAAAAGGUCUUUCUAUGUUUGGGGAUUUGGGUCCAAAUUCUCAACGCUUUUCCAAGAUUAUGGAAGCUUGUCACGAAGCUUUUGAUCCUUAUAGUGUAAUCUUUGAGGAAAAGAAAACAGUUCAAGGAAAUCUCAACCUGUCUUUUAAGCGCAUCGAACAACAAGAACAGCCAGAGUCAGCUGUUGAUGUUGACGAUCCAGUCAUCUACAUCCGCGAUGUAAACCACUAA